AUGGAUUUGGCCAAUUCUUUGGGAGGUCCUAGAAUGCUACUACUGCCAGCAGAUACCAUAGAGCGUCUUGGACGGAUUCCAAGGUUUUCAGAGGGAUACGCGGUUGAUGCUGCAGAGACAAUUCGAAAGAUGGGUCCUCCUAUAGUUGAAGUAUUCAUGGUAUCGCAUAAGUGGCUCCAAUCUCGCAGCGACCCAAUGGAUGCUUCCACUGGAUUUCCGGACACUGCUUCGAAUGACAAGGCCAAAACCAUAUCGGAAUAUACCAAAUGGAGAAUUAAGUGGGUGCGACAUAUGCAUCAAUUUACACCAGUGAUUCUGUAUUGGAUUGACUAUUCUUGUCUCGACCAAGAUCAUUUGGAACGAGGUGUCCCUCUCAUGCCUUUGUGGGUUGCCUGCUGUGAACGGCUUCUUCGUAUCGAUCAUCCUGAAUACGAUUCCCGUGCUUGGUGCCGCCUGGAACCCUUGUUGGCUUGUGCCUAUGCCUUUGCCGACCAUCAAACUGUGAUUUCGGUGGGCUUUGAAAAUUGUUGGCCGUCCACAGGAUUGAAAACCAAGCGCCCCCUCCUAGAUCCCCGGGCAGGCCAUCUGACGGACCCGACCGACAUGGCCAGGAUUUUACCUCUCAUUGAGCAAGCUGAAAAGGCAUUGCUAAAAAACCCUGAUGUCAAAAGUUAUGAUUCUGGCAUAAUAUAUGAAGCUGGAGAUAGAGCACACAUCAAGUGCUUUGUGCUGCCGUCACAGCCUGAGGAGCAGGACGCACAGCAUGCAGACCAGGCCCAACCAAGAUUUCUAUGA